GCUGAGAGGCCGGCGGACGCACCCGCCCGAGGGAGCCCGCCGCCGGCCGGACUUGGCCUCGCUCCCGGAGCCGGGCGGCAGUCGCGGCGGCGCAGCCUGGCUGCAGGAGCUGGGCCCGCUUGAGCGGCGGCGGCCGCGAUCGGAGCGGCGCUAUCGGGGCGGCGGCGGGGAACGGGCUCCGGGCGCCAGGCAUCGGGCGGGCGCCGGGGCGCGGCGCGGCGGGGAAGAUGACCGUGGGCUCCGGCGUGCUCCUCGUGCUGCUCUCGCUCUCCGGCGCGCUCCGGGCCCACAAUGGAGAUCUUGCAGCCAGGGAGACCUGCAAAGCUGGAUUCUCUGAAGAAGAUUACACGGCAUUAAUCUCCCAAAAUAUUCUGGAAGGAGAGAAGGUCCUCAAAGUCAAGUUCAGCAGCUGCCUGGGGACCAAGGGGACACACUAUGAGACCGACAGCAUGGACUUCAAAGUCGGGGCUGACGGGACGGUCUUCGCCACCCGGGAGCUGCAGAUCCCCUCCGAGCAGGUGGCCUUCACCGUGACCGCGUGGGACCGCCAGACGGCCGAGCGCUGGGACGCCGCGGUACGGCUGCUGGUGGCCCAGACCUCACCCACGCGGUCCGGACACAAGGAGACGUCUAUCCAGGUGCAAGCCCUGCAGCAGAGGGUCCCGGGUCCCAGGUCCCUGCCUGUCUCGCAGUGGGACCCGUCACCUACACUCCCGUCACCAGGAGAGAAAGGAAAGAAGAGUGCACCCCUGGACCCUGUCCAGCCGCCAAAUGACACACUGUUGCCGUGGCCACAGCAUCAGAGCUCCAAUGGUCUGAGGCGGCAGAAACGGGACUGGGUCAUCCCGCCCAUCAACGUGCCAGAAAACUCCCGCGGGCCCUUCCCGCAGCAGCUGGUGAGGAUCCGGUCCGACAAAGACAGCGACAUCCCCAUCCGCUACAGCAUCACGGGCGUGGGCGCCGACCAGCCCCCGGUGGAGGUCUUCAGCAUCGACUCCAUGUCUGGCCGGAUGUAUGUCACACGGCCCAUGGACCGGGAGGAGCGAGCCUCCUACCACCUCCGAGCCCACGCCGUGGACAUGAACGGCAACAAGGUGGAGAACCCCAUCGACCUGUACAUCUACGUGAUUGACAUGAACGACAACCGCCCCGAGUUCCUCAGCCAGCUGUACAACGGCUCCGUGGACGAAGGCUCCAGGCCAGGCACCUACGUGAUGACCGUCACAGCCAGCGACGCUGACGACGGCACCACGGCCAAUGGGAUGGUGCGCUACCGGAUCGUGACCCAGACCCCGCAGAGCCCCUCCCAGAACAUGUUCACCAUCAACAGCGAGACAGGGGACAUCGUGACGGUGGCGGCCGGCCUGGACCGAGAGAAAGUUCAGCAGUACACAGUCAUCGUUCAAGCGACAGACAUGGAAGGAAACCUGAACUAUGGCCUGUCCAACACGGCCACAGCCAUCAUCACGGUGACGGACGUGAACGACAACCCGCCCGAGUUCACUGCCAGCACGUACGCAGGGGAAGUCCCCGAAAACCGGGUGGAGAUGGUGGUCGCAAACCUCACUGUGAUGGACCGAGAUCAGCCCCACUCCCCGAACUGGAACGCUGUCUACCGCAUCAUCAGCGGGGACCCCUCGGGCCACUUCAGCGUCCGCACGGACCCCGUCACCAACGAGGGCAUGGUCACUGUGGUGAAGGCGGUCGACUAUGAGCUGAACAGAGCGUUCAUGCUGACCGUGAUGGUGUCCAACCAGGCGCCCCUGGCCAGCGGGAUCCAGAUGUCCUUCCAGUCCACGGCGGGGGUGACCAUCUCAGUCAUGGACAUCAACGAGGCCCCCUACUUCCCCUCGAACCACAAGCUGAUCCGCCUGGAGGAGGGCGUGCCCACUGGCACCGUGCUAACCACGUUUUUGGCAGUGGACCCUGACCGGUUCAUGCAGCAGGCCGUGAGAUACUCAAAGCUGUCGGACCCAGCGAACUGGCUGCACAUUAACGCCACCAACGGUCAGAUCAGCACGGCGGCCGUCCUCGACCGCGAGUCUCCCUACAUCAGAAACAACGUCUAUGAGGCCACCUUCCUGGCAGCGGACAACGGGAUCCCUCCGGCCAGCGGCACCGGGACCCUCCAGAUCUACCUCAUCGACAUCAACGACAACGCCCCCGAGCUGCUGCCCAGGGAGGCGCAGAUCUGCGAGAAGCCCAGCCUGAACGCCAUCAACAUCACAGCGGCUGACGCGGACGUCGACCCCAACAUCGGCCCCUACGUCUUCGAGCUGCCCUUCGUUCCAGCGAGCGUGCGGAAGAACUGGACCAUCACCCGCCUCAAUGGUGACUACGCCCAGCUCAGCCUGCGCGUCCUGUACCUGGAGGCCGGAGUGUACGACGUCCCCAUCGUCGUCACGGACUCGGGGAACCCGCCCCUGUCCAAUACGUCCAUCAUCAAAGUCAAGGUGUGCCCGUGCGACGAGAAUGGCGACUGCACCACCAUGGGCGCGGUGGCGGCAGCCGGGCUGGGCACGGGCGCCAUCGUGGCCAUCCUCAUCUGCAUCAUCGUCCUGCUCACCAUGGUCCUGCUGUUCGUCGUGUGGAUGAGGCGGCGGGAGAAGGAGCGGCACACGAAGCAGCUGCUCAUCGACCCCGAGGACGACGUGCGCGACAACAUCCUCAAGUACGACGAGGAAGGGGGCGGCGAGGAGGACCAGGACUACGACCUCAGCCAGCUGCAGCAGCCGGAGGCCAUGGAGCAUGUGCUGAGCAAGGCCCCCGGGGUGCGGCGGGUGGACGAGCGGCCGGUGGGCGCCGAGCCCCAGUACCCGGCCCGGCCGGUGGUGCCCCACCCAGGAGACAUCGGGGACUUCAUCAGCGAGGGACUCCGCGCAGCCGACAACGACCCCACGGCGCCGCCCUAUGACUCGCUGCUGGUCUUCGACUACGAGGGCAGCGGGUCCACCGCGGGCUCCGUCAGCUCCCUGGACUCAUCCAGCUCCGGGGACCAGGACUACGAAUACCUGAACGACUGGGGGCCCAGGUUCAGGAAGCUGGCAGACAUGUACGGCGGCGGCCAGGAGGACUAAGCGGGCCCGCCCCAGACGAGGCGAGAGCAGCGCUCGGACGUACGGGACAGACAGCGGGCCUUCCCGACUCCGCGGCCGCGCCACCCGGCGGUGUGUGAGGGGUCCCCGCCCGCCCCCCGCACGGAGCUGUCUGGCACGAACACUUGUCAGCCCGCGGCCGCCCCCAGCGCGGUAGCUGACUCGGCACCACGGAGAGCAGAGGCACCGUCUGAGCCUGGAUUUCCUGGACAGAAGCGCUGUUUAAAACAGAAUGGAAGUGCCUUUUGGUACAUGCGUCAGAUUCCCUCACACUCAGGAGCGCCCCCCAGACAGUCCUGAGCGCCCCCAACCCCGGCCAGUCCCAGCUCUGAAGUCACGAAUUAAGGAAUUGGGGAGAAUGUCCUUUUUUUCGAUCUCCUAUCAAGAAAAAAAGUGGGUGACGCACUUGACAAAACUGACAAAGAAAAACAAUUUGGGGUCCAAACGCCAUAAGCCUUCCGAGUGCUCACACUUUGCUUGCACAGUUGGGGUCUCCCGGGCCCCCUGGGGGUCCCCGAGGCCGGAGGCCCCACCUUCAGCUCCUGCAGCAGCGAGUCCGCCUGGGGCAGGUCAAGCCGGUGGACCAAAGGCCCGCUGUACAGCUGGGCUUCCACAGAAGCGUGCUGCCCCCGACUCCCAGAUGCUGGAAAUAGCUGGGCAGCUGGGGUUCCCAGCGGCUGUCCCUGAUGCUCCCCCAUCUCUGCCCUUGGCCACCCCCAGGGCCCCCCAAUCAUGAGGCCUCCCCCAGGGCCAACUGUGACCCUGAAUGCCACCCAGGUCCCCACUGCCUUUGGUCCAGGAGAGUACGGUGUCCCAGGACACCACAAGCAAAACCAGCCGGCAUGCCACCAAACCCUGGCGUGAGCCCUCCACCCCUCUAGAUCAGACUCCCGAGGGACCCCGUCAGAGGCCCGGCGGACACCCACCAGUCCAAACCCCCGAAGGCUCUGGACGCCUCUGGCCACCGGCGGGGCGUGCGGACUGCAGGGAGAGCUGACGCUCACCGGGGUCCCAGGAGGCUGGAGACGACCGGGGGGACUGGCGGGCUCCUCCCUGCCCUGCUCCUCUGGACCAGAGUUUCUGAUGCUCGUGAGCUGAUGUGGGCGGCUACGGUCGGCUCCGAGUGCCGGGACAGCACCGUCGUCGCUGUGCCAUCUGUCCCACACGUGCGUCUCACCGCAUCGCCAGAAACAGUCUCCUUUCCUUUGGACCCGUGGCAGCAGCCAGCAGCUGCAGGGCCAGGUAGCUGCUUGAGCUCUCAGAACUGGCCGUGCCUCCUGCGGGGCAGUCUGACUCCCAAGCCAGACUCCCGAGUCAGCUCCACAGUGCAGCAAGGAGCCCCCUGCUGUGUCUGUCCGCGGCUGCGUGAGAAGAGGCGCUGGGGCAGCCCUUCGCCCAGCAUCUCCCAGGACCUCCAUUCUGGGUGUGAAGGCGCCUCAGGCCGGCAGGAGAGCCGCCUCCUGGGGGAUCCUUGCCUGCUCUCGGGCUCCCCAGGGAGGGGCCUGGGCUGCCACUGGCCCUGGGCAGGACUUGGUGUCAGAGCCCCACCUCACACCUGCUCCUGGGGCCAGGGGAGGCCUCGGGAGGGCGGGGGCGGGGUUUCACACGCUCCCCGUGCCCUCCGUCGGGGGGUCUCUCUCCGAUCCACUCCGCAGCCCACAGCCUGCCCUGGUGCCAUGGUCAUCCUCUUUUCUAAACAGCCUCGGCCUCAAAGAUGAGCUUGAGUGGACACGUGCGUGUGCAAUCCACGUGGGUGUGUCCCCCCUGGAUGUCAGGGUUCUUCCCCAAACCAAACUCAUCACUAAUUCCAUCCACCCUCCCGGAGCUGAGCUGAGCUGAGCUGAGCUGAGCUGAGCUGGGGAGACGGGCUCCGGCCUGUGGCCUGAGGGAGGCCCGUGCUGGGCUCCGUCCAUCCUGACCCCGUCCAUGACUCCUGGGGAGGGACGCGUGGACGGAGGCAGUGGUCACCGGUGUCACAUGCCCAUGCCCCUACGCAGACUGCGGUCUCCCAGACGUGGCGGGCGGCGUGGCCUGCCGGAGGGAGGGGACGCCCCCCUGUGAAGCCAUGCUGUGCAAAUCGCUCGGGGUCAGGCGGCCCACGAGGACUGUCCCAGUGUCUGAAGGUGUGGCCAUCCAGGAUUGCUGGUGGUGUCAGGGUUGGUGAGACGUGAGCCGGAACUUUGUUUUUGUUUGUCUCUGGAAAGCUCAUCUCCAGUUGAAGUUCUAAGGGUGACUGUGGUGGGGCCCAGACAGCUGUGAACUCUCCUCACUGGAAUCCCGAGGCCCCCUUUGGUCCCCUGGGCUCACCCCAAGGAUGGGUGUGCCAGGCGCGGCCUGCGACUCGGACCCCUCGGGGCCCCAGGCGCCCUGCCUCCCCCCACCCAGGAGAGCCGGAUGCAGAGUCCGUCCCACUGCCCCCUUCCAGCUCUCUUGCCCCGGCCCCUCGCCUCAUCACUGCCAGGGCCCCUGCAUCUCGCCUGCAUCGCACAGGCCGAGGCUGCGGCAGCCAGCGGGGGACACGUCAACAGAGGGGGUGCUUCUCACACCCAUCCCUGCUUCCAGGCAGCCGGACAGCUGCCCCUGGAGGCUCCCACCCCCUCCCAGAGCUCCGUCCCAACCAACGGGUUAGCAUUAGCUAAACACACAAUCGGCGUCAAACGUCCCUUUUUCGUAGCUUGUAGAUACGACGGGUCCAGAUCAGGACGCGGCCAGCGGAGGCCCAGACUCGGUGCUGGCAAAGCGCUCAGGCAGGUUCAGCGCCUGUAGGGAAUUUCUGUUCUUGUGAACAGGAGACGCCAGCAAGAAUGCCCUGGCCUCGGGCGGUGGGCACCCCCAGCCCAGGGCCACCGUGCCCGUCAGGCCUCAGCACCCGCCACCCCUGGCCCAGCAGGCCUUCCCUUUCCUGCGUGCUUCAGAACAUCCCGGGCGCCUGACCUCCCGCCGCCAACGUGUCAGGGUAACGGCAGCCGUCAGGCCUUCCCUACUGUGAGCACCACCCACACGGGCCUUUGAGAUGACAGCUCUGUUCCCUCCAAGGGGAGCGUCAGGGAGGGGAGUCUCAAUUUCUGUCAAGGCUGAAAGGUGUAACACCAAGGAAGCAAACACAAUCUCCCCCCCGGGGCAUCCUGAGAGACGGUUCCGCGCAACCUGGCGUAGAUGAGACAGGCCCCCCGCAAAGCGGGGCAUCCCGGGGGGGAACCUCUGUGUAUAAUUGGAACGCAUUCUGCUUUUCCUUUCUCUCCUUUUCCCAUUCUAAUUUUUUUUUUUU